GAGCCAACCAUAAUCAACCAACAAUCGGGGGAGAGAGAGAGGUGGAUUAUCAGGAAACCCCAAUUCGCUGAGUUUCUCUCUCUCUAUAUGCAUCUGCUGUUUUGGAGAAAUAAAGAGAGGAGAGAGAGAAUGCAUUGUCGCGUUACAUCCCUCGCUCGAUCCCUCAAAUCCACCAACCAAUUCACCAAUCUACUCUGCCAUCAGCCCUCUCUUCUCUCUCUCUACAACCAUCUCUCUCUUCAAUCUUUCUCUUCAUCACCAUCAUCACCUCCCUCCACUGAAUCCUCCAAAUCGCCCUACCCUCAAACCCUAGAGGAUCUUCGACACCGCCUCGCCGACGAAUCUCCGACGCUCACCGACUUCAUUCGCCUCCAAUCCAAAGACGAGUACUCGGUCGAGGUUGGCACGAAGAAGAAACCCCUCCCGAAGCCCAAAUGGAUGAAGGAGUCCAUCCCCGGAGGAGAAAAGUACACGCAGAUCAAGAAGAAGUUGAGAGAAUUGAAGCUCCACACCGUCUGCGAAGAGGCUCGAUGCCCUAAUUUGGGUGAAUGUUGGUCCGGUGGCGAAACCGGGACGGCCACGGCCACUAUUAUGAUUCUUGGAGAUACUUGUACCAGAGGUUGCAGAUUCUGCAAUGUGAAGACAUCACGUACUCCUCCUCCUCCUGAUCCAAAUGAACCGUCCAAUGUGGCUGAGGCAAUUGCAUCUUGGGGUUUGGAUUAUGUGGUGAUUACUAGCGUUGACCGUGAUGAUUUACCUGACCAAGGAAGUGGUCAUUUUGCUGAGACAGUGCAGAAGUUGAAGACGUUAAAGCCAAAUAUGCUGAUAGAAGCCUUAGUUCCUGAUUUUCGAGGGGACCCUGGGUGUGUAGAGAAAGUUGCAAAAUCAGGAUUAGAUGUCCUUGCUCAUAACAUUGAAACAGUUGAAGAGCUUCAGAGUGCAGUUCGAGAUCGCCGUGCUAAUUUUAAGCAAUCCUUAGAUGUUUUAAUGAUGGCUAAGGGCUAUGCUCCUGCUGGUACACUUACUAAGACUUCAGUAAUGUUGGGGUGUGGGGAAACACCUGAGCAAGUGGUGAGAACAAUGGAGAAGGUGAGGGAAGCUGGUGUUGAUGUGAUGACUUUUGGUCAGUAUAUGAGACCAUCAAAGCGACAUAUGCCAGUAUCUGAGUACAUAACCCCCGAGGCUUUUGACAAUUACCGAACUCUUGGCAUGGAAAUGGGAUUUCGGUAUGUGGCAUCGGGUCCCAUGGUCAGGUCCUCCUACAAGGCAGGUGAAUUCUACAUCAAAUCCAUGAUAGAAUCAGAUCGUGCUGCAUCUUCAUUAUAGUGUUGUGACUCUUUGAUGGAAGUUUGAUCGUGUUAUUUAAUACCAUAAACACAUCAUUUUGUUGUAAUGUUUGGGAAUUUUUUAGCAACUUCAAAGCUAAUGAGCUUCAGCAUAUAUCUGAAGUAAAUUUUUUCAGAUUAUAUAAUGGUUUUGGGGGGCGGGGAAGAUAAGAUUGUGUUUCGGAUCUUACCCAGUCUAGUAGGUUUGUUGUCAGAAUCAGAGGAGAUUGAGCUGGUCUGGUCUGAUCUGAUCUGAUCUGUAAUAAUGUUUAAUCAUAAUAUGUUCCAGUUGUAUAUCCAAUUUCAAAGUUUCAAGUA